AUGAAGGUCUUCCUCACGGGCGCCAGCGGCUUUUUGGGAGCCCAAUGCCUGUCACUGCUUUUAGAUGGCGGUCAUGAUGUCGUUGUCGCGGUCCGAUCGGACGCGAAGGGCCGCGAUAUCCUGGCUCUUCAUCCCAAGUCAGAACUUAAGCUGUCUUACACUGUCAUUUCAGAUAUGACAGUGGAUGGCGCUUUCGACAAGGCUAUUCAAGCAGAGCCAACCCUGGAGGCAGUCAUACACACUGCAAGCCCUUUCCACUUCCAGUCCAAGGAUGCCGAGACCGAGAUGCUUAAUCCGGCCAUACGAGGCACCAUAUCUCUUCUCAGCGCCGUCACUGCCUAUGCCCCAAAUGUGAAGAGGGUUGUGAUUACCUCGUCCGUCGCCGCAGCGGUCAACAUCAAGGCGCCCCCUCCGGUCUUGACCCCUGAGAUGUGGAACCCGAUCACUCGAGAAGAAGCCUCGUCGAACCCAUUCUUCGCAUAUCUUGCCAGCAAGACAUUCGCAGAGAAGGCAGCCUGGGAUUUUGUCAACGAUAAGAAGCCACACUUCGCCCUGUCGACGAUUUUGCCGCCUCUCAUCCUCGGACCGGUUGUACACCAUCUUGACAACCUUGGUUCAAUCAAUACUUCCAACUCGGCGUUCGUCGAUAUCAUUGAGGGCAAAUGGAAGGAUUCGAUUCCUCCCACCGGGUCUCCUCAGUGGGUCGAUGUGCGCGAUGCUGCGUUCGCUCAUGUCCAGGCACUGAUUGUGCCCGAAGCUGCUGGCAAGCGGUUCCUCCUCUACGCGGGUGACUUCAGCAACGCUGAGAUUGCUCGAAUUGCCCGAGAUAAUUUUUCAGAGCUGGCUGAUAAGGUCCCUACCAACAUCGAGAGCGACGUGACCGCCGCCGAAGCUAGUAUUGAUGCCGGGUUGUCGAAGGACAUUUUGGGUGUGAAGUACCGCUCUCUAAACAACAGUGUGGUCGACUCGAUCAGGUCUCUGUUGGGCCGCUGA